CCUUCGCAUCGGAGGAGAGCUACUCUACCCUUACUAGGUAUACUACAGUGUCCGGAGAUGGUGGUAUUAUUCCCGUGCAAACCGCGAUGUCGUGUGUCGUGGAUCUCUAUUAAAUAGUAAUCGUCGUCGCGUUCUGUCAAAGUUUGGUCACUUGACCAGCUGAACAGUGAAGGAUUGAACCGAGGAAUUCGGAACGGGAUCAGGACGAAUCCGGUCCAAGUCCGAGCCUAGCAAGAGGAUAUUUUCCUGUGUUUGGAACUUCCUACGUAUCGAGGAAAGCGAGGCAAAGCGGAGCAGAAAAGAGCAAGAGAGUGAAAAAUACUGACGGGUGAUUGGGACGCAGGGAGUAGAUUCCUGCGGGGGAGGCCAAAGGAGAAAUAAAAAGUGUGUGUUUAGAGUGUGUAGAACGGAUGUAGCACACGUAUAUAGCCGAAGGGUGUGAAAAUCGAUUUGGUCCUUUUUUUUUUGUUCGGUGCGGUGCGGGAAAGCAGACCUUCGGUCAUGCAGUCCUAGCUGCUGCUGCUAUUGUUGUUGUUGAUGUUAUUAUUGUAAAUGUCACUUAUGGACCGGAAAGGUGAAAUUUCCGUGUUAAUUAAUGAAUGAGCUCUUCGGUUGGAGUGAUAUGAUCCAACGUGCUACAGUUUAACUCAGAGCCAUGGGGCAGUGAUAGGAGCUCGAAACAUGUUUACAGCUUCAUGUUGCGUUCGUAUAUAAGGCUACAAGAAAAGACGACGGGGCUAACGGAUGCUCUAUCUUGACGUUCGGUGCUGUGCGUUGUUUGAAAAACAAUCCCGGUCGAGAAUCAUGCCAUAGUACAGUGAAAGUGUUAAUGGUAUAAAUUUAUCUCAUUUUCGACGAAGAAAGUUCCAAACAGUGAUUUAAGUAUCGUGAAAAGCCCAUUUAUUGCCGGAAAGCAAAGCCCAUGUCAUAAACCAGGGAAAUUUUUGCUUAAAUUUCCACCAGCAAGUAAAGCCCCGCAAAAAAAAAGUGGAAAGCUCUCGUCGUGACACAGCUGUUCCAAUCUUGUAACCCUCGAAAAAAAAAAUAUGCGGGGAAAAUAACGAAAAAAGUGAAAGUCGUGUUCGUGCCAUAAAUUGAUGCUGUUUAGUGUUCGCUGUGGUUGGAAUUCCCAAUUUUAUGACGGUUGCCGCAGUUUUUCGGUGGCAGAAGGUCGUGUCCUGAAAACAACCACAACAACCUGGUCCACGGACGCGGCUAAAACAACAGAGUCGAUAUCGUGCUGCCAACUGUGAAAUCGUGUGUGUUUGUGUUCGUGAUUUUUUUUUUGUUGGAAGAAAACCGAAAUCCUGUGCGGAUAAAUAUUGAUAAAGCCCAGUGAAACAUAAAAAUAAAAAAAUAAACGAGUGAACCAAAGAAAAGCAGGAUUCCCUUGGACCAGGCAACGAACAUCGAUGGAGACGACCCCCAUGGAAACAAAAUAACCGGUGAAAAUAAUCACAGAUCAAUGAAAGAGUUUCCCAUCCGUGGACGUGAUCGCAGUGGAAACUCGCGGGGGCAAAACUUUUCGCCAUUACCAUAAAAGCACUUCCUUCGUAGCCUUCAGCGGACGGAACCCAGACUAGGUGGCAAGGCAAAACUGCAUUAUCUCAUCAUCAAAGUGCGGUGGGAAAAUUUAUAAUCGGAAACGGAAAAAUUCAACACCAGUUUUUUCUCGCUCUCUGCUCCGCAGUUGGUUGUGGUGAACAAUCGUAGCUACUCUGGACACCCUUCGAAGAGAUAGAGUGAGAUAUUAAAACUUUUCAUUUCCCUUACCACCGACGACCGACAACCUGGAGGGAGGGAAAAAACGCAUUCCACGGUGAGAGCUGUUCUAUUUCCACUAUGGCAGUCGGAGCACCGGAGGCAAACUUGAUGGCAAUUGAUUUAAAUGGUGUAAUGAAAAUUAGCUGAGCUGCUCUGGUCCUUCUCCAUCACUGCGAGGAAGGAGGAAAAGGAAGGAGGGGGGAAAAGUUUUCUCCACCCAAUCAGGCCACGGAGCGAAGCCGGUGUGGAGAAGGCGUAAUGAUAACGUCACACCGUGGGAUGUCCAUCCGACUGCCAUAACCAUCGUCGUCGUCGUCGUCGUCGUCGUCGUAAUAAUAAUGCUAGUGAAGCUGCACGCCAGCUGUCCGAACUAAUUUUACCCUCUGGUGAGCAGAAAAAGUUGAAACCUGGGAAAUCAGAAAGUUUCGCCAUCCGACGCCCAGGCAACGGAACGGAAACGGCGUUCAGUGUGAAAUAAUGUGAUAAUCGAAUAGGGCGGACAGACAGACGGAUGGUGCACAACUAUUUUCCGUCGGAUGCGUGGAACUGAGAUUGUUGUGAGAAAAACGGAAACAGCAAAAUGACCCGUUGAGAGCACCGUGGUUGUUUGGUCUUCUUGGAAUAACGCGAAUUUAUCAACUGAGUAUAAACCGACGAGUGUGAAGCGAAGUGAGAGUGUGUCGUGAAAAAGAAGAGAAUCAGAAGAACCAUACAGUGAUAGAAACCAUGGCUGCGAUGAUGAUGGAAUUGAAGCUGAUUAUUCUGUGUUUGCCGUCGAUAUUGCUUGCCACCACACUUGAAUCAGAUAACAAAUCUAUACUGGCCAACACGGACUGGAAGCGACUGUGGCUGGAGACGGGUCAGCUGGGUAGUGCUGCCAGUAGCGGUAGCAGUAGUAGUAGUAGUGCGAGUGGUGGCGGUGGGAGCGAUGGCGGUAGUGGCAUCAUUGGAACCAUCAGUGCCGGCAUCGGGAGCCCGAGGACAGACAAUCAUCUCGACGGUGGCGAUUCGUCGCUGGGCGAUGAUGGCGAGGUGAUGGCACACAAUACAACCGUCCAGCUCGGCGGAGUUGCGUUCCUGGUCUGCAAGGUGGCCGGCGUGGACAGAGUGGGUGUACAUUGGAAUCAAAUCUCGUGGAUCCGACGGCGGGACUGGCACAUCCUCUCGUCCGGAGCGCAGAUGUACACCAACGACGAACGGUUCGCAAUCCUGCACACGCCCGGCUCCAACACCUGGACGCUGCAGAUCAAGUUCGUCCAGCGGAGGGAUCACGGUACCUACGAGUGUCAGGUAUCAACCCCGACCGGUGUUAUUUCACAUUUCGUAAAUCUGCAAGUGGUCGUACCCGAAGCGUUCAUACUCGGUUCCGGCGAGCUGCACGUGGAUAUGGGAUCAACAAUCAAUUUAGUUUGCAUAAUUGAGAAGAGUCCACAACCGCCCCAGUACGUGUACUGGCAGCGGAACGAUCGAAUGAUCAACUACGACGACUCCCGGCGGGACAUCUCGAUCGAAACGGUGCCCGGCCCACGGACGCAGAGCCGGCUCAUCAUCCGGGAGCCGCAGAUCAAUGAUUCCGGGAAUUACACCUGCUCGGCGAGCAACACCGAGCCCGCCAGUAUAUACGUGUUCGUGUCGAAAGGUGACAACACGGCGGCGAUAUCGCGUCGGAAAACGAGUGGCGCCGGCGCCACCAUUGCAGUGACUACACAUCUGUCCUCGCUGCUGCUGGACUGCCUCUACGUGGUACCGGGAGUGAUAGCAUCCUUCCUGCUGACGGCCAGGUACCAGGCCUGAAUGUGAAGCAACAUCCUCCUCUGUCGGCAGCCUCCUAGUAGGUUCCAAAGCAACCGAAAAACAAACCAACUGUACAGUAGUUACUGUCGUCGUCUGUAGUUAGUAAGUUAAGGAAGUACGGCUCUCGAACAAACGGAAUCCAGUAAAACGAAAAACACAAAAAAAAAGUGUUUCUCAUCAGCCCUGGACAGAUCGUCCAGGACAAGAACCGAGAGGGGGAAGCGGCGAAAACAUGCUAAAGCAAUUGCUUUUCCCCUGUAACAACUGACAGCACGCUGAGAGAGGCAGACAAAUUGAGAGAACAAUAUUUCGAAAAGUUUCAUUCAUGCUGGGCGAAAUUUGCAGAACACAACCUCCUUCAGGCACGUGAUGACAGCAGUGGGGCGAGGGAGAUUUAUGUCGCCAAUUGAGGGAUAAAGGAACACGAAAUGUAAAUUUUCUGUUAGGCUACAAAAGCGGAAAUUAAAUUUAAAACUAUCACAAACUUUGAGAAACCGGUGGCAUUGGUGGCGAAACAUGGGUUUCCUAUUUGAAAUAGUAUUCAGUGUCACUUCUCUCGAUAAAGGGAUGAAGCAACGCCCACAGGACGCCAUUGUAUUGGUCUAAAGCAUUGUUUGAAUUCAAGUAAAAGUUUGUUUUUGAUUAACACACAAAUUUAUAGUUUGCGUCGAAACAAGUGCUGCCAUCUAUGUUUUACAAAUACUGAAUGACGCCAUGGCUGUUUAAGGUAAUGAGUAUGAGAUGGUAGCACUGAUUUCAAAUGAGUUCAAAUAUUUUUCAAAACAGGAAUGCUUUUGCUUUAUGGUCAAUUCUGAAAACAGUCAUCGACACAUACUCACUGACAGUGAAGUUGGGAAAGUUAGACUAGAAUAUCUAAAAUCCACUGAUACCUUAGCUUACAGUCAAACCCAGUAGCGAAUUCAAUAGAAUGAUGACACAUUCACAGCAAUAAAAUCUCAAAGGAAUUUAUGCAUCGGACCCGAUGUUCCAGGAAAAAAUACACCACACACACACACACACACAAACAACACUAUUGCACUCUUGUGAAACAAAAAAAUAACACAACAUAAACAAUGCAAGCAAGCAGAUGAAAAUGUGCAUCAACGUGAACGAACAACAACCGGAGAAAAACAAUUUCGAGCUUAAAUUAUUCAAGUCCAUUCAACAACAAAAAAAAACAAAGAGGCUGAGUACGGAAAACUGAAUGUUAAUGACCAAAACGGUGCAUCUAGCCGAAAACGAGUGUUGUUGUUGUUGUUAAAAACUGCUCCGGUCAAUACAAAAUAAUGAUGGAAAUGAAAAGAACUGUAAAUAGAGUUUCAUUAAAAUAGGAGGCAACUCAGUAAAAGCACAUAAACGACCCGCUGGUGAUGGAAUGUCAGAAAUUAAUUAUCCAUCCGAGGGAGCCGCACAUUCAUUCGGGACCCGGGUGGAAAAUCGCAAUUACAAACUGCAAAUAAACUGAAGAUGAAAAGAA